GCUCCGCAGGUCACGUGCCACGCACAAUCGUCAUGGCUGCCUCCAUCGUACGCAGCGUCUUUGCGCCGUCGCUGCUGUUGCUGCUGUCGCUGUCUCUCUGCUGUUUCGCGCAGACCACCACGACCCCCUCGACCCCCUCGACCCCCUCGACCCAAGCCACCCCAACGAGCACGGAGAUUCCGGGAAGCCAGACCACGGCCAAGGGCAUGAUUCCCUGCCUCUGCGACUUGAGUCAAGAUGGCUGCGAUGUCAGCUGCGGCUGUGACAACGACUGCACAGCCUAUGAACGCGAAGUAUUCACAUCAAGUCCACAAGACCGAUGGGCGCGUGUGUGUGUGCCGACCUCCACAUUCUUCAAACACAACACCCCCUACAGCCUCGACGACAGCCGGCCCAGCCUGGCCUGCAUCACCCACAACGACUUUUCGUGUCGAAACUUCUACCCGGUCAUGCGCAACAUCACGGAAUUCGACAAAGAAGUGUUGCAAAGCGGAGUGGGUACAGCGUUCAUGUGGGUGGAGAAGACACCAGAAGCUUGCACAACAAGACCAUACAGGGUGUGUGACCCUAUUGAGGUUGUGUUCGAGUCUAAUGUACGAACUCGUUUCUCUGUCCCUGUCCCCGUCUCUCCAACCGGAAUCUGUGGGCGUGGUGGCCCUGUGGGGUUUCGAAUGGACCGUUCAGUAUCGUGCCUGCGUUUGAUUAGUGACCUCAAAACGGCAUGCACAGAAAACUCUUUCCUUGACGGGAAAAUCUUCACCACCUUCAGUUUCCUCAAGGUUCUUCUGAAUGAAACUACUCUGCAUCAAGAAGUCGAUUUGGUCCCCGUCAUAUGGCAAGAUACACCCAAAAAUGUUAGUUGGACCUCGGACCACUGUGCAAAUGCAUUGAUAAAGGUUCAGUUCAACGUGCAGUAUAAUGCUGCCUCGGGCUACAUUGAUAACGUGACGGCAAUAAUAGACCAGGCGAACUUGACACCCAUCAACUCCUCCUUACUUCAGACAUUCACUGUCUCCUUCGUUUCGAAUGAGAGGAAUAUACCUACCAAGCGUAGUGGGAACCCAGGAUACCUUUGGGAUCAUCCACUGCUUGGCAUCUCAAACACUUCCACGCGAAUUCAAGUUCAUCUCCCGACUGACACGGACUGCGAUCGUCAGCGUCGGCCGGCUCUCUUUGGAGUGCAAACCUUAGCUGGAUGCACCCUCAGGCUGGACAAUCAAACGAACUGCAUGGAAAUACAGCGCCGUGUGUUGAACGCAUGGCUCGGUAACGGAAACCAAAGCUAUCCGGAGAACCUGACACAGUGGGGAGACGCGAUGGAUCUGAAAAUGGAGGCACCCUCUGUACCCAUCGUGGGAUUGGCCACACUUUUGGAGGGGUUGGAAUGCGACGCUCUCAAUUGUACGCUGACAUUGUCCGCAAAACUCGACGUGCUGUGGUCGCUGCACGGGUCCCUGGAAAACCCACAGAGGCGCGUGGUCGGGGCACGGAUCAUUCCAGGACGAACAAAACCAUGUAACAUCACACGGAGCGUGCCGCUGACGCUGUCGCUGUCGCUGAGCUUCACCGACGUGACCCCACCUCGUCCAGCCACACCGCCCACGGACGACUUCUUCCUGCCGUUCAUGCAGGGACGCACUUGAACGUGCGCGCACGUGUGUGGAGAGUGGUCCUGUCGUGGUUAGUGCACUUUGCUAAAUACUCGGCGGCCUGCGUCUGUUUACCAGCCACGGUUAACAUCGGUGGCCCAUUAUCUGAACUGAUUCUGGUCCUCGAGAAAAGCUGGUGCCGUGUGUAAACAUCAGCAUUACAGAGAGAAAUGCGACUCAGUGUAGUGCCGGUCACAGCAACUCAUUGUGCACUGUGCUGACCUGAAUAGGUUCUCGCUAACAGCACUCGUUCCUACUGGGUAAAUGGGGGUCCAUGCGUGUUCGUGUACACACCGUUGGCGUGUAAUGAUGCAGAUUUCAUCAGAGUUCUAACAUCAGUGGUGAGUGACAUCAGAACCAGUCCAGGACCUCCCCUAGGUCGACUUAGCCCGACCAGGAGCUGGCAUGUUGUCAACAUCAUCACUGGGGUAACAAGUGACCGGGUUAUGGAAAUGCCACCCCUCAGUAUGCCGUGCCAAUCUGAAUAGGCGCUUGCUAACAGCAUUUGCCCCACGAGUUUGGUGUGUUUGUAUGUGUGCAUGUCGAUAUGAGCAUGUCGAUAUGAGCACAUGCAUGUGUACCUAUGUCCCCCCCCCAUAUGUGCACACGCAUGUUCAUAUGCUUUUGUCUGAAUGCUCAAUUGCCUGUGAUUUUUAUGACAACUAUAUGUGAUGACACCACAGACUAUGCACAGCUGUCACCGUCACACAAGCCAUAUAUUGUCACAAUUAAACAUGAUUUUUACGCAA